AUCGCAGCUUAUGUGAAACGGGAAUACUAGAAUGGGUCCAAAAAGAGCCGCGGCAGUCAAAGACGAAGUAGCUGCAGAGCCAGAAAUGGACACAGAAAAGGAGGUUAAACAGACCAAAAAAGCCAAAACUGAUGGCGGUGGAUCUAAUAAAGCACCUAAAGCGCCUACAGCGCCUAAAAGCCACCCGUCCGCGAUGGUGAUGGUGGAGGAGGCGUUGAAAGAGUUGGACUCGCGUAAAGGCGUCUCCGCACAGGCGGUGCGCACCUACAUCAUUCAGAAGUACCCCUCGGUGGACCCUAUCAGACUCAAGUACAUGGUGCGGAGAGCUCUCUCGAAAGGGCUGGAGUCGGGCGCUCUGGUGCGACCUGCCAAUUCAACUGCAAUUGGCGCUCAGGGCAAAUUUCGAGUUGCAGUCAAAAGUAAGGCUAAAAAGCCUGUCCCAAAGACAAAGGAAAAUGCAGAUCCGAAUAAACAGAAGUCCCCCAAAGCUACGAAAACAAAACCAAAACCGAAGGAGUCCAAGGACCAGGAACCAGGGGUGAAAAAGACCAAGGCUGCUUCAAAAAAGGAAACUGAUGCUUCUGAAGCUAAAUCCAAGCCAGCUGCAAAGAAGGAAAAGGGUCCUUCUGAUGCCAAACCCACGAAGGCUAAGGGUGGUGCUGCCUCCAAGGUGGCCCCUGCAAAGAAGCCCAAGGCCAAGGCUGCAGGAGAGGCUGGGGAAGGUCCCGCCAAGCCCAAGGCCAAGACUCUAAAGGCCGCCAAGGCUUCAGAGGAGGCCGAAUUGAAGCCUGCCGGACAGAAGAGGGGAGCCAAGACUCAGAAGGCAGCAGAGGGCGCGGAGGCCAAAUCAGAGGGAGCCAAAGCAAAGGGCCCCAAAGGAAAGAAGGCUGCAGAAUAGUGUGGCACUUUACAGGCUGU